GUAACCAGGCCAACCCAAGAAGGCUUUUUUUCUUAGCUUUCACUUCCCUGUAAACUCUUCAGCUCGUUGUUUUUCAGAGGUACCAAAUAAUGUCAUCUGAAAUGUUGCCAGCAUUUAUUGAAACUUCUAACGUUGACAAAAAGCAAGGCUUAAAUGAAGAUCAAGAGGAGAGCCAGAAGCCAAGAUUAGGUGAAGGAUCGGAACCAAUAUCUAAAAGGCAAAUGAAAAAACUAAUAAAACGGAAACAAUGGGAAGAACAACGGGAACUCCACAAACAAAAGCAGAAGGAAAAACGCAAGAGGAAGAAAUUGCAGCGACAAUGUCAAGUGGAAUCACACUCAGAUGGAAAUGACAGAAAACGUGUUCGAAGAGAUGUUCACAGCACCCUUCGCCUUAUCAUUGACUGUAGUUUUGACGACUUAAUGGUAUUAAAGGACAUUAAGAAACUUCAUAAGCAAAUUCAAUCAUAAGCAAAUUCAACAGAAAACCGACGGGCACUGCAUCCUGUGCAGCUUUACUUGACAAGCCAUGGAGGCCAGCUGAAAAAGAACAUGGAUGAAAAUGACAAAGGAUGGGUCAACUGGAAGGAUAUCCAUAUCAAACCAGAGCACUAUAGUGAACUCAUAAAAAAAGAAGACCUGAUUUAUCUUACAUCAGAUUCACCUAAUAUACUGAAGGAAUUAGAUGAAUCAAAGGCCUAUGUGAUUGGAGGAUUAGUAGAUCACAACCAUCGCAAGGGAGUCACAUAUAAACAAGCAUCGGAUUAUGGAAUCAAUCAUACACAGCUCCCACUUGGAAAUUUUGCGAAGAUGAAUAGUCGAAAAGUUUUGGCUGUUAAUCGUGUGUUUGAGAUUAUUCUGGAAUACCUGGAAACAAGAGACUGGCAAGAAGCAUUUUUUACUAUCUUGCCCCAGCGGAAAGGAGCUGUUCCCACAGACAAAGCCUGUGAAAGUUCUUCUCAUGACAAGCAGUCUGUCAGAGUGGAGGAAGGUAGAUCGGACAGUGAUUCCAGUGAGGAGGAAUGUAACAGAAAUGAACCAGAUUCCCCACAUGAAGAAAAGCAGGAUCAGGAAAAUCACACUGAAUCUACAGUCAACUCUCCGCCACACUAA